ACGCCAGUACUUGGUCUAAAGGUAAACGGUUCUUAGAGCGUAUGAACUACUACAUGCGAGUGGAGUCACCCUGUGUUUCGCCGAUGAGUAGUUUCAACCUAUGUAGUUGUAUCCUAUUGUUCGUUUGAUCAAUGCACUUCUUGUGUGGUGCAGUGUCUCAGAUCUCAGUGCUCUCAGUGCUUUGUACAGCAUGCUCUUCGACUGUAUCAACCAAGUGUCAACGUUGCGGGAUGUUUAUUGUCUGGCAGGGCUCACAACUGUGGCACCUGGUCAAAGCGCAUUCCAGGGGACGUGACGACGCGCGUGACGUCACACGUCCACCUUGCGCCCACCUGUGGUAUUUAUUGACAACGAUAUAAACAGACGCGACGAUUCGGGAUCCAUUUUCAA